AUGUCUGCCUCCUCCAGUCGAUCGAUCAUCCUCUUGCGUGUCGGAAACCUUCGUGAUGAUGAACCUUGUCCACCUUGCGAUUGUCAAGACGCAAUAAGCGUGGAAAGGACUGCCUGGACCGACGAUAAUGUAGCUCGUAGGUUUUGGAGCUGCCAAAACUCUUUGUAUUCCCUUUUAAUCAGUCGGCUGAAGAUCCAAAAUGCAAGUUUUUUUAUGUGGAAAGACAAAGAAAUCGAAGAGGGUUACUACAAUGACCAGCUUCGCAAGAUGAGGUUUGAGUUGAAAAGGAAAGAAGAGUUCAGUGAAGUUUCGAAGGUUCAAAAGAAGUUGGUUAAUCUGCAGCAAGUUAUGGAAGCAGAUAAGCAAGUGUUCGAGACACAUUUGAUGGAGUUGAUGAAGAAAACAGUCUGCUGA